UUUCCUUUCAUAUAGAGAGCACCGUGGUGCAUGUAGGGAACGGAGACGGAGAUUUUGAACUUUACAAAGACGAUAAGACCGAUAUCCAAGACAUCAGGAGGAGCUUAGAAUGGCUCACAACCAGUAUUUGACAGAAGACCAGCUUGCAAUGCUUUAUGAAAAAAGCAUUGAAAUCAUUAACAAAAAGAACCGGCGAUUUGCUCCCCUGCCGGCCAUGUGGCGGGACAAGCCGACAGCGUAUUGGAAUAGGAUACGUCACAAGUACGAUGGAUUCAUGAUCCCCUACAGAAAGGACUUCAAUGGAACGCCCAAGUCAGCCAUUAACGGAAAUGUACUCGGCCUUUUCUUCAACGCUAGUCUGCACAAUAAGACUAAAAAGCCUCCGACAUUUUCUUACUUCGGAAACCAACGUCUGAUGGUAAAUUCGUCCUUUAUUGUGAAUAUCCACCAGAAUAUCUACUUUGUGGACUUUUACUGCCACAACCUUCGAGAUCAUUACAUCACUCUUGUUGUUGCAAGACCUGGUUCUGUCGUUGACAACUUUUGCCAGAGGAACCUGAAACAAAUCAACAUUUUCAACAACCCUUUCUUGAAAAUAAUCAAUGGAAAGUUAUACGUUACAUUGGGUGUGAAUGUAGAGGUCUUUUAUACAGACGUUGUGGAUGUGAAUCGGGUCAUUUUUGACGGGAUUGGCAAGUUCUCCCCCAUCACGUUCCGGGGCAAAGGCAGCAAGAAAUUUGGGAUUCCCAAGAACCAUCAAUGUAAAGUCUGCAACUUGUGGUGAACCUGCAUUUUUUGAAAAGUAUUGAGAUAAAAAGAUAGUCUUGUAGAAAUAAAAAGGAGCUGAAUGUAUACAAUGCGUCAUAUAUCGUACCCAUGGUUUUUAGAACAGAGUUUUCUUUUCAUUUCGCUUUCCAGACUUUCUAAUUUGCUCAAGCAUCAACUAUUGCUUAUCCAUUGUACAUGUACUUGCAUGUUUUCUUUAAUUGUAUUUUUACAACGUUUUGAAUCCACUGUUUUUCACCAGCAUGUGUGCAAUGCAAUAAAAUCGAAGUAUUUUCGU